AAGACCUCGAAACUUUCUUGAGCUUUGAAAUUCUUGUUUUUCUAGUUUACUUACUUUGAAUAAUCGAUUGGCACGCCUAUCUCAAUAAUUUGAUAUCAGUUUUAUUGACGAGACGUACAAAAAAUAGACUUUUGUAAUGUGAUUCCAAGUUUAUAAUCAGUGAAAAGUUUUCGCGAUGGUGCCUCAACAGCAAAGACGGAGACGCCGUAGAGCAGCUUUAUCACGGACUACGGAGCGGCGUGUGGUAGUUGUGAGAGGUCCUGGAGGUUUUGGAUUUACCAUAGCGGGGCAGCGACCCUGUGUAGUGUCGGCUGUUGCUGCUGGCGGGCCAGCGGAAAGAGCGGGACUGCGAGCUGGCGAUGCUUUACUGGCUGUUGACGGAGCGAGUGUAGCUAGAGCUCCACAUGCUUCUGUAGCUCGACUUGUCGCAGCUGCUCCUGGGCCGAUAGCACUGAGUGUGGCGCCAAGGGAAUCACCGCCUACAGAUACGGAAGACACAGAACCCGAAGAGCGAGCGAGAACAAGACGAAGAUAUCCUCCUCCGCGCCGCAGACCGCAACCGGCCAUGCUACAUCAUCCAGGUUGUCACGCAGCUCCAAGUACAUCGAGUGUCAACGAAAUCUUGCAAAAUUUGAGUCGUGCACAGCUCACGCCGAGUCAUAUCGCUAGACUCGAAUGUCGCGCUGUGGUCGGGUAUUUAGGAACAAUAGAAACACCACAGGCUUCUCCGAGCGCUGCUCCAGGUAACGUACGCACCGCUGUACGAAAAUUAAGACAAGAAAGACGUACAGCUGCUCCCGUGUUACUCUCUGUUCUACCAAACGCAUUGCUCCUCCGACGACCGAAUGGCCAAGUUCUUGCUCAAUAUCAAAGAGAGAGAAUCGUUUACGCAGGCUGUGGUUCAGAUGCCGAUAGACGGUUUUUUGGACUUGUCACAGCAGCCGAGAUUACUGACUUAGAGGCGGAAGCAUCGCAUAGCUGCCACGUAUUCGCAGUCGAUCCCCGAAUGGCCGAGCACGAAGCUCAUUGCGUAAGAGCAAGGGAAUUCCAAGUAUCCUGCACCAGAGAUCCAGUUGCAGAACGUUGUUUGGAAUUUCCACCAUCCGCGGAGUAUGUUGUCGGUGUCAUACGAGGUAUGUACUCGCUGCCGCCAGACGAUUGUGCUAGUCCUACAAUACAGCAGAUAUCAAAAUUAGCCGUAAAAGGAGAUAGUCCAGCUUUGGGAAAUUUUUCGAGAUGUAAUCGACCAGUUAUUAGAGGUGUGCGAGAUCGAAGACCGAGAGACGAGGCUCGAAUAGAACCGCCGGAGUUCGUAGCUAAUUCUCCGCAGCCAAGCAACCACAGUGAAGUAACAACAACAUCGAGCAAUAGCGACUCUGGUAUCGGCUUUCAUAACGAUUGUCGUAACAUAGCGGAUAGAAUAUUAGUCGUCGAUUUCGCCGGACAACAACCGGCACCGAAUCGUUUCCGUCAAGAAAUGCCGCGAAGACCUCUAGGCUUAGUGGGCUGCAGUAGCUUCGAAGCGGAUGGCUCAUUUCUCUCGAACACUACACCUGUUGUCGACGGAUUCGGAGGGCAGGGUAGACCUUUGAAUUUAGAUGAUGUCAUUCUGAACGCGAAUGAUUUGCCGCGUCAAGUGAACAGUAGGAAUGAUGAAGAUACGUACAACUACAACAACGUAUACGGCAACGUACCAUCCAGCUCGAGGAGUUUCAACGGAGCUGUGUACGAUCAGGUGUACACGGAGACCGAGGGUCACUAUGAAUUCAUUCCGUCGCAGCUGGAAAUGGAUGAGAUAGAUCGCGUUGCGGAGGCUUUUAAUUCCGUUGAAAUAUACGAAGAAAGGCAUCACCAAGUUGAUUACCAGUCAACUGAGUCGGUGGAGAACGUCACGGUUAUCUCCGGGACGAGUAAGGCGAGUGUUGAUUCUGUAUCUAUUUACUCAUCUCGGAGUCAUGAAGAUACGAGACCGGCACGGAAAAAACAUUUGCAAGCAUCCCUGGAUGAUAUGUUAGUGUGCGGGCUCAGAGAUCCUCCGCCUAUAGAUAAAGACGAUGGCAAGUUUGUCCAUCCAGCAAGUGUCAAAUGCAAGAUACGAAAAUCGAAACCACUGAACAUUCUCAGUAAGACCCGGCACAUCCUCACGGGCAAGGCGGACAGGCAGAGGGAGAGGGAGCGCGAGCGGAAGUCGCUGAGUGCGAGCGCGGGGGACGUGUCGGGCGCGGGGGGCGCGGGGGGCGCGGGCGGCGCGGGCGGCGCGCGGGGGGACGCGGACGGGCUGCCCGCCGCCGCCAGCGAGCCCGACCUCAGGGGGACGCAGAGUGAACAGUCGUCGCCGUUCAGACGUUGGACGACUGGCAGCGGUGCCGGCAGCUCGUAUCGCCAUCACGAUCAUCGCAUUUAUAGCAAGCAAAUGAGCGAAGGUUCAGCGUCGGUGCCGGCCAAUAACAACACGAGCUGCGGCGGCGUGGCGAGAUGGUCGCUCGGCCUGGAGCAACUGCUGGCAGACCCGCCGGGCGCGGCCGCGUUUGCGCACUUCCUCUCCAAAGAGUUCGCCGCUGAAAAUAUUAGAUUCUGGUGGUCAUGUGAGCAGUACAGAUGUUGCGAGGAAGAUGAGAAACGAAGUAAUCUCGCUACAGAGAUAUGGCAGAGGCACCUCGCCGAGGGAGCCUCGGAGCCCGUCAACGUGGACGCUGCGGCCAGGCGAGCAGCAGCACUUAGACUGCAUCAGCAGCCGCCCCCACAGGACCUGUUCGCACAGGCCCAGAAACAGAUCUUCAACGUGAUGAAGUUCGACAGCUACCCGCGCUUCCUGCGCUCGAGCGUGCACGCGGAGUGCGCACGCGCGGACCUGCGUGGUCUGCCGCCGCCGUACGCGACCGACGCGACCAAGGGCUCGGAGUCACAUUCAGAGGGUAACGGGGGUGGCGUUCGCUUGCAGCUCAAGAAGUCCGCGUCGAACGCGUCGGAGCGGCGCCGCAGCGGCUCGCUGCUGCCGUGGAAGGCGCGCGCCGCCUCGCGCGACCGCGCGGCGCCCGACGCGCCGCCCGCGCCCCCCGCGCCCCCCGCGCCCCCCGCGCCCGCGCCCCCCGCGCCCGCGCUCACCGACGUGGUGAAGUCGAGCCAGACGGGCGACGGGCAGUGCUCGCUGUGCCGCGUGGUGCUGCCCGACGGCGCCACGUCCGUGGUGGGCGUGGACGAAGCCGUGACCGUGCGGCGCCUCGUGGACCGGCUGCUGGCGCGCCGCAACCUGGCGUGCGGCGCCUACGACGUGCUGCUGCGCGAGGGCGCCGUGGACGGCGGCGCGCCGUCGUCGGCGCUGGGCGGGCGCGAGGCGCGCGUGGAGCGCCGCGUCGUGCUGCGCGUGGCGCUGGGCGCGCGCGCCGUGGCCGUGCGCUGCCGGCCCGCGCGCCGCCUGCGCCACGUGCUGCGCCCCGUGCUGCAGCGCUACGCCGCGCCCGGCGCGCCGCGCGCCGCGCUGCUGGCCGGCGCGCCGCUGCACCCCGACACGCCCGUGCACGAGCUGGACGGCGCGCGCAUCCGCAUCGUGGAGCUGUCGCCCGCCGCGCCGCACCUGGCGCUGGCGCUGGACGCGCCCGACGACGACGCCGACUCGCUCAGCGACGUGGCGCUGCGCCUGCACGACGACGACGACGCGCCGCCCGACGGCCGCGUGCGCGCCGCGCUGCGGGCCGGCGCCGCGCUGCAGCACCACCCGCCCGAUUUUCUAGAGAAUCUCCGCGAAACCCAAAGACAGAGGCUGCAGCCGCGAACCCCCCCGCCCCUGCCGCCCAAGCCGGCGCAGCGAGCCGCGCCCACCGUCGUCUGAACACGAGCGCUCGCGUGGCACCACCUGUCGCCAUCGGACACGUUACACCGUGGAAAACGGAGCAACAAGCCUUGCGGUCGGCUACCUUACUACAGUCGAGCUGAAAGAAGCCAAAAGAAAUUGUACUUUAUAAAGAAAUACAUAAGUAUCAAUAUCGCAGGAAGCUACUCGAAACCGCCCGCGACAAAUGAAGACGAUAAACACGAAGCGGGCUCCACGUCGAUACCCAAACAUCACACUUACACAAACGUGUUACGCAAUAAUACACUCUAUACGUAUAAUCUCAAGCCUUAAUGUCACGUGUAACGAGGUAUCUGAGAAUGACUGAAAAAACCAAUUGUUCAUAAAGAGCUGUUUCAGUAAGACAAAGAAAUUAAUUAUAAAUAUAUUUAUUUUUAAGUAUCUUAAAUGACAAAUUAUUUUGAUUAUACAAUGUUACACUAGCUAAGAAAGUUAGCUAAAUGAAAAAACAGAUUAAUAUACAGAUUAAAUAAGACAUUACACAUUUAAAAAUAGAUCUCUAUGAUUGUUAUUAUCUUUGACCUUAGGCUCUAUAGAAUGCAUUCGUAGGCAAAAUUAUGUAAAUAAAUACUAAUGUAAGUUAAAGUUUUAGUUUUAAAAAUAUAUUAUGCUCAGUCUUCCUAAUAGUAAUAGCGGAUUGGUCAAAAUAAUUUUCGAAAAAUAUUUGUUUUAUAAACAAUUUUAUAUAAUAAAGUUUAAAUCAAAUUAUCGAUAUUAAAUAAUAAUCUGUUGCCAAAAUCUCAUACUGUAAAAAAAAAUUACCUCAAGUAAAAUAAAGUGACUUUAUAUCCCCGUUUAUUGUAAACGACGCCUCUAAUUAUUGAACAUUGUGACAUUGGAUAUAACACGAAAUGCGAUUUUUUUGUACAUUUUUUUUUACUUAUGUUAUAUCACGUACAGGCAUUUUCGAUGUUCAUGUAAUAAUAUGUCAAUAUCGGCAAGUGCUCUAAAUGUCUAUCUUACACGAUACUGGCAUGUGUAAAAAAAAAGAAAAAAUGAAAUAAUUAAAUACCAAAUAGAUUUAUAUAAGUCAUAGCUAAACUCCGUGCCUUAGAACGAUUCUCUAACAAACAUAUUGCAUAGCAUUUAUGAUUAUAUAUAUAACUAGUUUCCACCGUCGUGUAAAAGGGUGGGGGUGUACCCUAUAUCCUUUUCUGUAUUAUGAUUCAUGUAUAUCACCAUAGUAAAUACGUUGGUUUCACAUUAACUGUAUAAAUUAAAACGAUAUCCGUGUAAAUUUGUAAAUAUUAUAAUAAUAAUAAUGAAGUGAAAGAUCUUUUAUAUAAAUUCACGGUAUUCUCAACUAAGUAUUUUUUUAUUUAAAGUAUUUUUAUGAGUAAAUAUUAUGGGAAGAUUUUGUACGUGACUCUGAAGUGAGUAUAGACUAGAUCCACUAGACUUGAGGCAACUAUAAUUAUUUAUAUGAUAAAUAAAGAUCACUACUGGAUAUGUUCCGUUUUAAAUUAACUUAUUGUAAUAAAGUAUGACAACAUUGAAACUCAGAUUUACCGAUUACAUAUGAUUAAACAUU